AUGCAGGAAAAGUCGCAUUCAGACAGCACGCCCAGUGCUGCGUCCGCGGUCUCGGGUGAAGUUCCUGUUGAAAUCGGGCCAGAUGCCACCACAGUUCCCUCACAUAGAACUCUCAGCCGGGCUGCGUCCCGACCGAGAGCUAUUGUUGAUGUACCGCCAGAUGGAGGGCUCAGAGCGUGGAUGGUUGUAUUGAGCACUCAUCUUGUUGUGAUGAACACGUGGGGCGUGGCCAACUCUUUCGGCGUCUUCCAACCAUACUUCACAACUCUAUUCGAUCGCUCACCAUCCGACGUAUCAUGGAUUGGUUCCUUCGAGGUUUUUCUGCUGUUCUUUGUCGGCACCUUCACCGGCCGCUGGACUGACAUGGGUUUCUUCCGGCCCCUCUUCAUCGUCGGCUUCUUUCUGGUUGUGCUCGGUAUGGUUGCCGCCUCGUUCUGCACCACUUACUGGCAGUUCUUUCUCGCGCAGGGAAUCUGUCUCGGUCUCGGUAACGGAUGUCUCUUCUGCCCGACCAUGGCGGUCACGUCGACGUAUUUCGCCAAGCGCCGCUCACUUGCAUUCGGCAUCACCGCCGCGGGGGCAACGGUAGGCGGCCUGGCGUUCCCGAGCAUGGUUAGACAGCUCUUGCCCCAGAUUGGACUCGGCUGGACGAUGCGAACGAUAGCCUUGAUCCAAUUGGUCACUCUGGCCAUCGCCGGGCUUCUCAUCAAGACCAGGAUACCUCCCCGCCAGGCCGCACCUCUGGUCGAGUGGGCAGCCUUCAAGGAGUCCGAGUACAGCUUCUAUGCCGUCGGGGCUUUCAUGUGCUUUUGGGGAAUCUACUUCGCCUUCCACUACCUCGCCGCCUUCUCCCGCGACAUCAUGGGCCUCUCCUUCACCGACUCCCUGGACCUGCUGCUAGUCCUCAACGGCGUCGGCGCCUUUGGCAGAAUCAUACCGAGCCAAAUCGGCGACAUGAUUGGCACCAUCAACAUCUUUGCCCCGAUGGCCUUCAUGACCGGUACCAUAAUGUACUGCUGGAUGGGUGUCGCUAACCUCACCGGGCUAUACGUGUGGGCGGUGUUUUAUGGCUUCGCCGUCGGCGGCGUGCAGGCGCUGUUCCCGGCGGUUCUGAGCAGCUUGACCGCGGACCCUCAAAAGCAAGGCACGCGUAUGGGCAUGGUAUUCACUAUCGUCAGUUUCGCUAGUUUGACGGGAUCUCCGAUCGCCGGUGCGAUCAUCGACGCGCAAGGGGGAAAGUACUCUGGCGCCCAAGGGUUUGCGGGAACAUGUCUCCUUCUCGGCAUGACGUGCGUUCUCGCGGCUAGGGUGUGCAAGACGAGGAAGAUGGGCGUUGGCGCAAUUGCAUGGGUGAAGGUAUGA